CCGGAGUGACCACACAGGCUGUCGCUGCUGUGCUGCUCCAACCUCCUCCUCCUCAUCCGCGCUCAGGGCUCGGGAGUAGACGCAAAACAAACAAAAAAAUAGCAUUUUUUCUUUCUAAAGUUGAACAGCUGAAGGAUUAUUCAAAGCCAACGCACCUGGACGGAAUAUUUUUGGGUGUUUUUUAUUUGUUUUUCCAGAAACUUUACGCAAAAUGAGGACUUUACGCACGGUGCUCCUGCUGGUUUACGCGCUGGCGGUUUGCAGGGUGGCCAGCGGUGCAGCUGUUGACCGGCAUGAGAAUGACAGGCAGCAGCACACAUCUGUCAUAAACCUUCUGGGCACAACCAGGGGCAUGAGGGAGGAGGUAAAAAACUGGGGAGUGAGCGCCACAACAGCAGGAAACCAGGAAGAGGAGGAAUACGAUGAUGAUGAAGCAUACUAUGAUUAUCUGGAAGAGGAUGAAGCUUCUGGAGACUAUGAAGUGGGCUUGCCAAGAGUUGCAAUGUCAAGCAAACCCAAGGAUCCGUCUUCCAUCCUGGAGGCUGACAAAACAGAACGCAAGACAAGGAAAGGAAAGGGAAAGAAGAAGGGCAAAGGUUUGGGAAGGAAGAGGAACCCCUGCCUGAAGAAGUACAAGAAUUUCUGCAUUCACGGCACCUGCCAGUACCUGAGGGACCUCCGCGCCCCUUCCUGUGUAUGUCUCCCAAAUUACUCUGGGGAAAGAUGUGAGUUCAUCACACUGCCUGUUCAUUCGCCCCCGGGAUACAACAGGACUACAGCGCUAGCUGUGGUGGCGGUGGUUCUGUCCUCCCUCUGCCUCGUAAUCAUCGGUCUUUUAUUAAUGCUCAGGUUUCACAAACGGGGUGCAUAUGAUAUAGAGAGCGAGGAGAAGGUCAAAUUGGGGUUAGCGCCGAAUCACUGAAGAAAAAGACAAAAGGUGAAGAACUCUACCUCAAAAGAAAAAGAAAUGAACUGCCACAGGAGGUCCCAGGAGGAAACAGGAAAGUCUGUAACAAAAGGGGCAGAAGACGUCUGCCGGACGCUCUGCAAGACAGAUGGAAGGGAUGGGCGGCUGCAAGUAUUCCCAAUGGGCUCAGAAGAAGACCGGCCUGUCCGGAACUGGAAUACAAAAAAAAAAACAUGAAAAAAAAAAACGCCCUGAAGAAAGGUCUACAGGUGUUUCAGCAUGAAGAAUAAAAAGAGAGAGGAAUCGUGUUUAGACUAAGUGCUGCCUCCUGGCUGUGUGAACGAUGAGAAAACAAACAUUUUUUAAUGGAAUUGAAGUUUUUAACAGCCGGAUUGACUGAACAUUUUCUAUUUCAAGCAUUUGUUUCGGAGCAAGGUCCUUUUUUUUCCCUGUUUGUACAUUAAAAAAUUAUAUUUAUAUUUUUAAUUUAUUUAUUUAAACUAACUGUAUUUAUGGUGAAUUUUUUAACCACCUUUAGCUGUUUUUCAAUUGUUACUGUUACGUUUCAUUUUAUAUUUCUUAUUGGACUGUAUUUAUUUAGGAGAAAAAAAGGAGAAAUACCACCUUGAACUACUCUGUAGUCUCAAUGAUGUCAUUUUGUCAAUCAGCCUUGUUUUCAAAAAGCACUGGGAUGAAUAAUAAUAUUUAAAUUAAAUUGUUUUCCAAGAAGUUGCCAUCCUAAUCUGCAAAAAUCAGCCUGAAAGCUUACCAGUCCAACCAGAUAGACUGUUGAAUUUAGCAACCACUAGUUUUGUGUUCAAGUCAGAAUAAUCAUUUGGGUUGAGAGAGGGAUACGUCGCUUUCACUUCUUCAUUCUGAAGGCUCAAAGGCACUAAACGGAUCACCAUACGGAAGGGCUUUGUGCUGAUUGUUAGAAAUGCAAACACUCAAAUUCAUCUCUGUUUCUGUGCAACUUUAAAAAUGUAUUUUUUUUUUUUAGCAAGAACUGAAAGCAUAUAUGUUGAAUUGCUAUGUCUUACAUAAUGAGAAAGCUGUCUUGAACAAAAAUGUGAAUUCAAGUUUGUGCUUCAGAUCUGCUGUUUUGGAGUGAUCAUUUUGGUGAUUUUUUUUCCCCAAAGCAAAAAUAAAAAUAGAUGAUCUAUA